AUGGACAGAUCACAAUUAUGUGGAUGCAAAGGAGUUAGAACUUGUUUUGUAUGUGAAAAAGAAUAUAAUUUAACUCCUACUGUUGAUGCUGAAAGUUUAAAAGUUAAUAUAAAAAUAAUAAUUUAAAAAAUAAUUGUUCGAUUAAUUCAAAUAAUCUAUUUAAAAUUGUAUUUUAGAAAUUAGCUAUUGCUUCUUAUUGCUCUUUCUGCAAUUUAUUAUGGAGUGGUUGGGAUGCAAAUGAAUAUAAAAACCAUCCCAAUCAUACUGGUAUGUCAUACAAAUUAGAUGGAAUUUUCAUUGAACAUGAUUUUAUCUCUGAAAAAGAAGAAGAAGUACUCAUAAACAAUUUAGAUGCUAUUCCUUGGGAUAUAUCACAAAGUGGUCGUAGAAAACAAGUAUGUUAUUUUUUAGAUGACUUGCAUUUUUUGAAUUUUAUUAAAGUUAAAUACAUUUUAGAACUUUGGGCCAAAGUGCAACUUUAAAAAACGCCGAUUAUCAAUGGGCAAUUUCAGUGGUUUUCCAUCGCCCACAAAAUUCGUCCAAGACCGUUUUGUAAAAAUUCCAAUUAUGAAAAACUUUUUUACAAUAGAGCAGUGUUCAUUAGAAUAUAAUCCAAAAUCAGGUGCGUCAAUUGAUCCUCAUGUAGAUGAUUGUUGGAUUUGGGGUGAAAGAAUUGUAACAUUAAGCUUACAAGCAGAUACUGUACUUACAUUAACUCCACAUCACAUUAAGUACACUAACCAAUAUAACAUAGACUAUAUUCCAAACAUUGAAUGCUCGCCUAUUUCAAAAAACAAUGCUAACUAUCCAGUUGAUGUUGUUCGAAUUUUAAUGCCAAGAAGAUCACUUUUAGUUUUAUAUGGAAAACCUAGAUAUUUAUGGGAACAUUGUAUACUCAGAGAAGAUAUUCUAGAAAGAAGGGUUUGUAUUGCUUACAGAGAAUUCACACCACCUUAUUUAAAAGGAGGCGAGAAGUUCACUGAAAGUUGUGAUAUAUUAAAUAAAGCUAAAUGUUUUUGGUAA